AUGAAGUGGGCCGCCAGGAAUGACUCCCUGAUCGCGGGUUUCGACAACCCGGUCGACAGCCAGAAGGCCUGGCGGAGCUUCCAGACGGCGCAGCUCGGAGUUGGGGUGGACCUUCUGUCGCACACCGUGGCCCUAAACGCCCUGCUGGAUCGAGCGCUGCCAACUUUGAAUGACGCUGCUCGCUUGGAAUUAUUACUGGAGCGUUUCGUGGAGAGUUUGCCAGACAAUCUGCGGGAAAAGGCGCAAAUGUUCUAA